UCCCCCGCUGGCUGGCAAAGGCUUAGAAAUCAGCGUGUGAAGAAGAACUUACUUAUCUUUCCUUUGUUGAAAUCCCCGGACAUGACAGUUUGCACUGGACACUGCACAACUCACGGAUUACAGACGAAGUGACGGUAGACCUGGUACUGCACUGCAUGCAUGAUAAUGAUGCACUGGGCCAUUGCAUGAUUGAUGGGCCCAGAUGUAGCAACUACUUGAAGCACCCACGUGUCGUGAGUCAGCACACAUUUUGGCCUUGGCAGUUGCACCGAGCGACAUGACGCGACGGUCAGUUCGACCUCCAUCUGAUUUUCCUGACUUGCUUCACGUCAGAUUGAGCAACGACGCUCUGCGCGAGGGAAUGAAUCUUGGUUACAUGACUAGUCUAUUUUAUUGUACUACUCGCUGAAGCUCCCUGGUCCGCCUAGCGCCUGCUCUUUUACUUGAUCAACUGGACGUCGACGGGAUUCUGAAUCAGUGGAUUAUCGUAGAGUCCGUCACUGCACCGGUGUCACUCCAGAGUCCAGGCACGUGCAUGACUGACCUUGUCUUCCUCGUGUAGGGGAUCAGAGUCGAGCCAAGAAGGGUUUCCCAUUCCUUUGUUUGAAUAAAAUUCGGUGGCCGUGUAGUGCAGUGGCCUUGCAUUGUUCUCCGUCGUCGAGUUGUGAGUUCUUGAUCAUAUGCACCCGACGUUCCACCUAUCGUAAAACUAUUUCCGAAGGCUUUCCGAAGAAGACACUGGCGAGAAGCGCACACAGCAGCAUUUUGAACACCACCUGCCAGUACCACGACUCAACACGAGCCCAUCAUCAGCUGACUUCAAGUUCAAACACUGCAAGGAUCUAGGAAGCGGACGGACGUAACGUCGUUACGUGACGCUACGUGGGCUGAUCAAGAUCGAUCGGGAUCUUUGAGUUUGAUUUUGCAGUUUGUGUGAGUAUCGUACAAACUACAACACUGUACAUCAUUCAAAGCUACAACUGGCCGGCCAUCAAACUGCUGAAGCUUCAAUAUCCAGUGUGGCAUUAAUUUUCAAUUUUCAGUCAAAAACAGAGACGUCCCUUGGCCUUGCUGCCACACUUUGUCACAAUGUCGAGCGAUCUUCGGGGUGCUGCUGUGUCCGAGGCAGCCAACUGGGGCCCAAUGGUUGGAUCAGCCGGCACCGCACCCCGGCUUACUCAAGCGCAAACCCAACCGGUGAUAUGUGAUGACUACGAGUCACUACCGACUAACAGUGUUGUCAUACACAUGACUGCCGGUGCGUUUGCAGGUGUUGCCGAGCACACUGUCAUGUAUCCAUUGGACUGCAUAAAGACUCGCAUGCAGAGUAUGGUCGUCACACCGCAGCACCAUGGCAUCAUACGUAUGUUCCAGCACAUGGUAGCCAAGGAAGGUAUCCGUGCGCCAUUCCGCGGCAUCGGUGUAGUAAUGUGCGGCGCAGGGCCGGCGCAUGCACUCUAUUUCGCUUCCUACGAGAAGUUAAAAGGAAUGUUUGAGGACCAGACUGCAUACAAGUCGCUAGUACAUGGAGCGUCGGGCGCGGUUGCUACGUUGCUUCACGAUGCGUUCAUGAACCCUGUGGACGUCGUCAAGCAACGUCUGCAGAUGCACAGCAGUCCAUACAGCAAUGCGGGAGACUGCGCCAGGCGCAUUCUCCAGAAAGAAGGCUUCCGCGCGUUCUACCGCAGCUACUCCACGCAGCUGACGAUGAACAUCCCGUUCCAGAGUACUAACUUCAUGGUGUAUGAGGCCGUGCGUAGUCGCAUGAACCCAGAAGGCUACUACAACCCACAGGUACACAUGUUGGCUGGCGGUUUAGCAGGUGGUAUAGCUGCCAUUGUUACUAACCCACUGGACGUGGCGAAGACUGUACUCAACACGCAAGAGGAAGCACACAUAUGCCAUCGCCGUGCACAUCUGCGGGGUAUGAGCACAGCACUGAAACGAAUAUACGACGCUCACGGAAUGGCUGGCUAUAUGCGAGGUGUUCGGCCACGCUUUCUUCAUCAGGCUCCAGCGGCUGCAAUCUGCUGGUCCGUCUACGAGUUGUUCAAGAGCUUGCUUGGACUUCACCCGGAGAAUGCCGUCGACCUUGCUGCAACGCCGGCGAAUCCCAUCAAGCAGAACGUAUGAGAUGCGAUGUGUGUGUGUGUGUGUGUGUGUGUGUGUGUGUGUGUGUGCGUGCGUGUGUGUGUGCGUUCGUGUGUGUGUGCAUGUGUGUGUGUGUGUGUGUGUGUGUGUGUGUGUGUGCGCGUGUGUGUGCAUACCUUCAUGCGUGUUUGCGUAUGACCGUAUGCUUGUACGCGUUUACUUAACCAGUCUUAGUAAUUGUCAAACUGUUUCUUAUAGGCAUUCUUGUUAUCUUUCCUAACAGGCACUGUAGAUCGUAUAAUUAUGUUGUCGUUGUCCUUUGGCAUCACACAUCCCCUAGGGCACACUGGCGGUGAUAAUGUGUGUGUUAGUCUUAAAAUUAUUGAGAGUAGCACUCGCCUGCUAGUCUGCCUGUUAUGACCAGCAGGCGAGCUUACUGCUUAUAAUCUCACACCUGUAGUAGUAGUAGUAGUAGUAGUAGUAGUAGUAGCUGACUCUGCUCCCAGCUGGGCCACGCCGUUGUACUUGCGAAUACCAUACAUGACUGCACCUUCUCCAUGAAAUAACCUAGCUAUGCUGACGACACGCACGAUUGAAACGUGUCCAUACCUUCUGCUGCAUCGUAACGCAGGCCCAUGAAACGCGCCUAAUUAACCUGAGAGAUAUGACCAGAGAUCAGUGUGCCUCUGCUAUUUCCAGAUUUAUAUCCCUACUCCCAUACUGAUGGUAACUAUUAUUAUUGAAACCAUUGAAUCCUCAGUUUAGUCAGGGCCCUCGCCUGCUUUCAAGGGUACCUCAUUUUCUCUGUAUUUUCUGAACUAUUUUGAGAUGCCAUUCCUUUCUCCCGGCCUCUUCCCCCUUUUCUCUUUCCUGAUUGUUUUUGAGAUCUGCCUCUAGGUGUCCUGGAGCGUAUGAGCGCCUGCAUCUUCUUGUUGCAAGUGUGAAAUGUAACGAUUAUGUACCAGAUGCCAGUCUUUGGUUCGAUGUGAAGUAUGAUAAUCUUGUGUAAUGGA